AUGGAAGUGGUCAGAAAAGCCUUUUACUUGGUUCAUCUCAUAACUAGCAGUUUAUUUUGUCUAUAUCUCUGUUGCAUUAACAAAUACAUCCUUGCACUACAAUGCACUGAUCAUUUGUAUAUAUCUUUUUCAGAUUUGCUGCCCUUAGAUAUUCUGUCCCAGGUGAUUCCUACAGAUGGAUCUCCAGUGAAUGGAUUACGACUGAUUCAGGAACAAGGAGCCCGUGGGCUAAGAAUCACAGCUCUUACCCCUGCUUUUACUUUCCCUGCCUCACAUUUCUUUAUCAGCUGCGAUAUCUUCCCUGAAGAAUUUUCUGUUGUCUUAACUCUCAAAGCUGCCAUGCUGGUUCCUAAGAAAAAUGAAUACAUUGUUACACUCAUGGAAGACGGUUCAGACACAGUGAUUCUGGGACUGAGGUAUUCGCCCAGUAAAUUCCAUUUUCUGUUUGUCACUAAAGAGGGACAGGAAAUUGUGAAGAAUCGGGUGACGUUUCGUGAUGUCAGCUUGGGGGACAAUCACUGGCACACAGUUGUCUUAGCAGUAUCUGGAAACCAUGUAUCCCUGACAAUAGAUUGCAGCAUGCCACUGGAGAUGGUCCUAGACCAGCCUUUUCCCUCUAACGUGAACACAAGAGGAUCCAGGUUCAUCAUUGGAAGCCGGAGGAGAUGGAAAGGAAUGUAUACCGGUCUGCUAAGACAGUUAGUCCUAGUGCCUGGUUCUGAUGCCAGUUCGAAAAUCUGUCCCAGCACAAACCCAAGGCUAGCAACACUUUCUAUCCCUCAAAUCCUAGCGGAUAUACCUGUCAAACCCAUGGAUAAUGAAGUCCUAAAAUAUCCUUAUGAAGCUGCUAUGAAGGUGACUCUGGGCUCUAACCUACCCUGCACCAAGAAUGAAAGUGGCCAGCUUUGGUUUGAUACAUUAAGACAUGGCCUCUACCUGUGUGAUAGUCAGGAAUGGAUAACCAUGUUGCAAGCCUCAAAAAGACUGGAUUAUGUCCAAGAAUAUCAGAAUCUGAUCACAAACUCAGAGACACUGGAUAUUGAAACUUUUGUCAUCCCAUCUGUUGGACUUUUUAUUGCUACAGCAAACAGGAAAUCCCAGCCUGGUUCUGGUAUUUACAAGUGGACUGAUGGCAGUUUCAAACCCUACCAAAACCUGACUACAUAUCAAGCCCAGGCCUGGAAACAUUUUACUAUUGGUAAGAAGAUAUUCCUGGCAGUGGCAAACUUUGAAAAGAAUGAAAAGAACAUGGAAUUCUCAGUCAUUUAUAAAUGGAGCCCACAAAAAAUGAAAUUUGUGUUGUACCAAAGACUGAAGACUAACAGUGCUAGGGAUAUGGAGGCAUUUCAGAUCAAUGGAGAAACGUUUCUGGCUAUCGCCAAUCACCGACAAGGUGACAAUCACAAUAUCGAUAGUGCUAUUUACAAGUGGAAUCCAAGAACAAGACUUUUUGAGACCAACCAGACUAUUCCUACCUCUGGUGCUUAUGACUGGGAAUUUUUCACUAUUGGACUUUACUCAUUUCUGGUUGUGGCAAACACAUUUAAUGGUACUUCCACCAGAAUUCAUUCUCACAUUUAUAUAUGGUUGGGUGGCAGUUUUAGACUUUUCCAAUCCAUUCUGACAUUUGGUGCUACAGACUGGGAGGUGUUCCAGCUUGGAGAGAGAAUAUUCCUUGCUGUGGCAAACAGUCAAAGUUAUGAUCUGGAAACAAAUUCCUAUGCCAUCAGUUCCACUAUUUAUGAACUGAAUAUAACAGCUCAAAUGUUUGUCCCUUUCCAAGACAUCCCAACCUACAGUGCUGUUGACUGGGAAUUUUUCACAGUAGGAGAUGACAAUUUUCUGGUUGUGGCAAACUCCUUUGAUGGCACUUCCUUCUCAGUGAAAAGCAUUAUAUAUAGGUGGCAGGGCUAUGAAGGCUUUGUAGCUGCCCACCAGCUACCAACAUUUGGCUGCACUGACUGGGAAGUAUUUAAUACUCCAACAGGCUCCUACCUCAUGUACUCAAGUGCAAAGGAACCAGUAUCUAAGGUGCUAAAACUUAAGACCUACUAGUAUGAAGGUGUUCACUUCCGUGAGAGACACCACAUUGGCUCACCUCUAACUAAUGUUAGUCAGAUGACUCUGGCUCUCCAAUGCCGGUUUCUCGGGAUGCAUUCUGGGAACAGAAUCCUUCUGCUUGCAAGUAAAGCAUGGAGUUAAAGGAAAGACCACAGGAAUGAGUUUUAAUAAUUGUCCCGCAUGAAGCUGUAGGUGUGACAAAUUGUUUGCUUGGAUGACAUGUUUGUAUUGGGAUACACGUUUCAUACUGAGACAGGUAGAAUAACAUCAAGGUAAACUAUGAAUUAAAGUAUGACUAUCUCAAUUUCUGUUUCAGAAGACUGCUUACUGAAACCACACUAAGUGAUGUGUGUUUUGAACCUUUGUAUGCAGUUUUCAGUAAAACUGUUGUAGCUGCUUUUCUACAUUUCACAGAUCAUCAAGACAAACAGUCAUCAUGAGAAGUGUGAAACUAAACCUUGGCUUAUGUGCUUUUAGUCAAGAUAUAGAGACUGCAGGCCUGGAGGCAUGAAUACAAUUUAAAAACUAUGAGACUAGUGACAGGAUGUGUCUGUUUUAUAGUUAUCAUAUUACAAAAUCUUUCCUCUUUUUCAUGGUUAAGUUCCUUCAGUAAGGAAAAUCAUACAUGAGAGAUAACAUAACUUUAUAUUAUUUAGGAGAGUUUAGGGAAAGCUUAUUUAUUUUGUUUAUAAUCUUGUCUCUUCUGAGAAUUCCUUGUUUUGAUACUAACCCUGGUUAAGAAGGCUAGAAAAAAUUAAAAUGUUUGAUUUGUUUUUCAAAUAUGUAACAUGGUCAUCAAAGGACCUCUACCAUUGGAGCACAGCUUUAUGGGAACACAACAAAGUGGUAAUCCUACUUAAGGUGAUAUUGACUACCAUGGGAGCACAGCUUUAUGGGAACACAACAAAAUGUUAAUCCUACUUAAGGUGAUAUUGACUACCAUGGGAGCACAGCUUUAUGGGAACGCAACAAAAUGGUAAUCCUACUUAAGGUGAUAUUGACUAUCAUGGGAGCACAGCUUUAUGGGAACACAAUAAAAUGGUAAUCCUACUUAAGGUGACAUUGACUUCCAUGGGAGCACAGCUUUAUGGGAACACAACAACAUGGUAAUCCUACUUAAGGUGAUAUUGACUACACUAAGCACAGCCAGCAAAGACACUACUGUUUCAGUGCCAUUUAACAGCAAAGUGUAAUUUAUGAUGAGAAUAAAUCCUCGUCUAUCAGUGUCAAGAGUAAAAUCAUUUACCCUAGGUACUUUUGAACUGAAACUUUAACUCAGUAGUUAUGAUCCUGCAGGGCAUGAAUUUAAAAAAUAUAUUCAUAGAUAUACUUGGCAUUAAUGUUUAUGUGUUUCUUUUAAAGACAGACAGAAUGCUAUUCACAAAUAAAUGUACUUCUGAAUGAAGGUGGGUCAGAUGUUUGUCGGUGGUUACAUUUUAAACAUGGAGUUUGCAAGUCGGAUAUUAUUAAUACACCACCAAUCUGCUGCUACUUCAGAAAUCCUCAGUCCUGCUGUUAUACCUAGAAAACUGGGGUGACAGUGGUACAGACUGCAGUGUUAAGAAUUGUAUUUUACCUCUACA